AUAUCGAUCAAUAUGGAAAUCACACGAUCUACUAUUGACCAGGUGAAGGAAGACGUUCAAGAGAACAAAACUAUCAAGCCGCCUCUAACGGCUGCAGCGACGCUCCGUGAGCUUAUUGCCAAGAAAGAUAGCAUUUUGGUCUGUCCUGGGGUUUAUGAUGGACUCACGGCUAGGAUUGCCCUACAGGCUGGGUUUGAUUGCUUGUACAUGACUGGUGCAGGCACUACAAUGUCGAGACUUGGAAUGCCGGAUCUAGGCGUUGCGACACUGAACGAUAUGAGGGAAAAUGCCGCCAUGAUUGCUGGUCUUGAUCAGAAAGUCCCGCUUAUUGCUGAUGCCGACACUGGGUUUGGAGGUCCCUUGAUGGUCGGUCGAACCGUUACCCAGUACAUGGCAGCCGGUGUUGCUAGUUUACAUCUCGAGGACCAGGUUGUGAACAAGCGAUGCGGUCAUUUGAAAAACAAAGAAUUGGUAGACGAGGAGGAAUACCUUUCUCGUAUCCGUGCAGCCGUCAUGGCACGGGAGCAGACACCUGGGGACAUCGUUCUGAUCGCACGGUCUGAUGGAUUGGAGUCUUUAGGCUACAAGUCAUCAGUCGCCAGAUUGAAGCGUGCUAUCGCCUUGGGGGCGGAUGUUGCCUUCCUUGAAGGCAUCAAGUCCAAAGACCAGGCCAUGCGUGUCUGUUCGGAUCUUGCCCCUACUCCAGUGUUGUUAAAUAUGGUUCAUGGGGGUGUUACGCCCAAACUCUCUGCUGCAGAAGCCAAGGAGAUGGGAUUCAAAAUUAUUAUUUUCCCGGGUUUCGCUCUUAAAGCGGUGUAUACUGGGGUGGCUGCAGCGGCCAAGGAGCUCAAGGAGACGGGCGAUAUGGCGUUUGAAUCCACAAAUAACGGCAGCCCUCAAGACAUCUUUAAUGUAUGUGGACUGAAAGAGUGUACACAAUUUGACAUGGCGGCUGGGGGAAAAAACUAUUCAAAGGGUGUUUGA